AUGGAAGGCGCGGCGACUGGGCAGGAGCUGCACGACACGGUGGACAUCUCAUUCCAUGGCGUGCAUUAUACAAUGGUGGUGCAUGCCGAUGCGGAUGAUACACUCACCGUGGAGAUCGAGGAGUGCGAGAGCCUGGCGCGGUGGCGGGGGCAGUUCAGCGCCAAGUACGUGGAGGACAUCACCUGCAAGACAGGCAGCUUCAAGAAGUUCGGCGUGUUUGUGCGCAUGCUGCUGUCCGCUGCGCGCCAGCAGUCAGACGCCGUGUUCAUGGACCUCCUGACAUAUCAGGACCUGGAGGCGCUCAAAUCCAAGAAGCGGCAGCAGCAGCAGCAGCAGCAGCAGCAGCAGCAGCAGCAGCAGGCGGCCGGCGGCGGCGGGGUCGCAGGGGGAGGGAAACCGCCAGCGGCCGCGAGGCCCCUGCCCGCGUCGUCGGCGGGCAAGCGCUACCUCAUCCUGACGUACGCAUCUGAGUUCGAUCGGGUGCACUACCCGCUGCCACUGGCCCAGGAGGACGGGCCAGACCCCGCCCGCCUUGUGGCGCUGAUCGCGCAGCUGCGGGACGAAAACGCGCGCCUGCAGGGCCGCGGCGGCGCCGGCGACGGCGGGAAGCGCAGCAGCCCAGUUUCCAGGUCGCGGCGCAGCGGCGCUGACGUUGUGGCGCGGAGCAGGCACGGGGGCCGUGUCGGGGAUGCUGGGAUGGCCAACGGCGGGGGUGGCGGCUUGGAGGACGACCUGCAGGAGGAUGCCUUGGACGCACGGCGCGGCAGUGGGGCGCUGGCGACGAGCAGCGGCGCCUCGGCGGACGUCCUUUCGCAGCGGCUCGAAGCGGCCUUGAAGGAGCGGGACCUGCUGCGGGCGCGGCUGGAGGCAGCGGAGGUCGAGGCGGAGCGCGAGGCGGGGCUGCAUCGGCGGGAGCUGCGGCGCAAGGCCAAGGAGUGGCAGGAGGUGGGCGAGGCGGGGCAGCGGGCGCCCCUGAACACAUGA